AUGGAUGACCGCGACCUGCCUAUAAGCUACCAGCAUAACAGGAGAAUGCCGUGGCUCUCAGAAUUCUGUGACGAGCAAUGGAAGUUCCUCGCCCCUGUCUUCUCGACAACCCAGUAUAAUCACAAUCUGGAAGAGGCUCAUAUCAUCCCUUUCGUCCGGAAAAGCCAGAGUUCUGGUGAAGGCUCUUUCGGUGUGGUAUCACAGUAUGUAGUACACAAGAGACAUAUCGAUCCGGAAGGCGUGCAUGACACCGCGUUCGCUGUCAAAGAAAUCAAGGCAGGCGAUGAUGCGCAAGAGGUUGUGGAACAUUGGGAAAAGGAAGUCAAGGCUCUUCGGACUAUGAAUGGGUUGAACCAAGAUCACAUUGUUCGCUUCAUAACAGCAUUUCGACGUCGUAGGGAGCAUGGCGGAGAGGAACACUAUCUAAUAUUCGAGUGGGCCGACGGCGGCAAUCUGCGUAGCAUGUGGAAGAGAGAACCUUCCCCUGUUUUGACAGAAGCACUAGUCAAAGAUACUAUGUUCCAGAUACUAGGACUCGCCAGAGCACUCGAGGCCGCACACAACCGACCCAAUGGUGCAUCAUAUCGUCAUGGUGAUCUGAAACCCGAGAAUAUCUUGUGUUUUCAAAAUGGACGCACUAUUGGUACCCUCAAGAUCGGCGACUGGGGCGAAGCCAAAGAGCACGGCGAGGUCACAGAGAUGCGUCCUAGCAAAACGACAGCGAAAUAUGGAACCCGUCUCUACGAAGCUCCUGAGGUCGAAACGGGCGUUAAACCCAAAUAUCUGGACCAGUCUCCAAAACGCCGUUCACGUCUGUACGACAUCUGGGCGAUGGGAUGUAUCACUCUCGAAUUCAUCAUCUGGCUAUUGAAGGGGUAUGAAGGACUCACUAGAUUUCGCCAAGAUCUUGGGGAUGGAAGCUUUUACGAGAUUAGCAUAGAAAACGGGAAGAAGGUAGCUCAUGUCCAUAGCACUGCCAUAUCCUGGAUGGAUAAGAUGGAAGAGGAUCCCAGAUGUCGAGCCGGAAGCACGGCAAUAGGUGAUCUCCUGGAACUCGUGCGAAUAGCAUUGCUGGUCGUCAAGCUUCCACGAAGGCUCGGUACAAAUCUCUCAGACCAGUCCGAACGACACCGGACUGACUCUGGAGUUUCGGGACCGAGGCUUGACGCAAGUGGUAGUCUCGCCAAUGGUACACCCUUUGAUGAUGGGGGCGUCACAGACGUACCGCCUGCAGUAGGCGUCCCUUCCUUAAGCAUCACCCCAGCCGAAGCGGAGCCUCAAAGGAUUCCCCUACAACCUGAACCAGAAGCCCCAGGUCCUGCUAGGUGCCUCGCAACCGACUUUCGCUCCCGGAUGGAAGGAAUCCUGGCAGAGGAUCGAGACGGAGACGAGGGUUACUGGCUCACCAGCUGGGUACAGCCAUUAGAAUUCCGCCCGGCGCUAGAUACUGCGGUGCCGCCUUCGCCUACCACAGACGUUUAUUCGGGCGAAAUCUUUCAAAGCUCAAGCUCAGAAGAGAUCCAACCCGUUACUCGUGGCUUGGUAGCACCCGCUCAAAGGAGGAUAGACUAUGCGCCUCCAGAACUCGACGAGGAUGACUGGAAGUACCAGUCUGGUAAUGACAUCGCUUUGACAUUGUUUGCCUCACUUAGGGAGAAGAAAAUCCUGGAACCAUCCAACGUUACCAUUUCGUCGCGUCUCUGCUCUACUUGCGCCAGUUUGCGAGAAGAGGUAUUUAGCCCUGGAUUUUCCAAGUCAUACGAUAUUGGUACUCUUCGGAUGAGCGCUAAAAGCCGGCGCUGUGAUCUGUGCGUCCUGCUCUGGCAGACUAUUGUCAGAAAUGGUGGCGUGUCGUCUUCGAGCAUUAAGCUUGAUCGAACAGGGUCAUUUCUCAGGAUGAAAAGUAACGGUCUACCAGUACUUUCCAUCAUUCAUUAUCCGGAACAGCCCCCUAUCAUCACCAGUGACGGUCAGGUGGGGUUCGUUCAACUGCCAAAGGCUGGCAGCAAUACACAUCUUGAGGUCAUUCAGCACUGGCUCCGCGAUUGCGAUCACCAUCACAACUGCUCUCCUUCCCCACAAGCGACCAAUGGCUCGAGAGUCCGACUACCCACACGACUGAUAGAUGUUGGAUCAGAUGAUGACGACAUGGUUCGACUAUGGGAGACUAAGCCAUCGGAUGUCGGCGAAUGGGUUGCUUUAUCGCACAAAUGGGGCUCUAAACACCUCUCGACGGUACCCGAGACGCUCCAAGACCAUCUCAACGGUCUCAAGCUUGAAGCUCUUCCAGAUACCUUCAAAGACGCCGUAAAGGUAACUCGUGCGCUCGGACGCCGUCAUCUUUGGAUUGACUCACUUUGCGUGAUUCAAGGCCCACGUGGCGACUUCAUGACUGAGGCUAAGCGGAUGGAAGAGGUAUACAGUGGCGCUUAUUGUGUUAUUGCAGCCAGUUGCGCUGCUGACCACUAUGACGGCUUUCUGAAGCCACGCGGUCGACGAGAAUGCGUUGGUCUGCGUGGCCACGGCAAAGAUCAAACUCCAUUUUACGUCUGCCAGAACAUCGACAACUUCAAAGACGAUGUGCUUGGCGGCGAGCUCCACAGUCGCGGAUGGGUGUUACAAGAGCAUGCUCUAGCUCGUCGAACACUCUUCUUCACAGAGCAUCAAACAUACUUCGAGUGCGGCAAUGGCGUGCGUUGCGAGACGUCAACAAAGUUAAGCAACCCACUCGCUGCCUUCCUAGGCGACCCAGAUUUCCCGCAUAUCAUCUCCAACGCGACUCAAGGCGAGAAAAUCUUGCGUUAUCAGGAGCUGUAUCGCAAGUUCUCGCGCCUUGGUCUAUCAAAGUCAUACGACCGACCCACUGCAAUCGACGGUCUUCAACAACGUCUUCUUCGCACGAUGCGAGUAAGAGGCGGAUUUGGAAUUUUUGAUGAAGGAGUCGAUCGCGGUCUUCUUCGUCGAAGCUUGCUCUGGCGCCGUGGCGUCGAUACAGAGAGCUUGUCUCGUAUCCACUUUCCAACCGAAAGCGUUGUUUCCAAAGUUCCGUCGUGGUCAUGGAUGGCAUACACUGGCGGGAUUGACUAUCUACAGCCUGACUUCGGAUACUUCGAGUGGGAGGAUUUGCAAUCGCCAUGGGCAUCCAAUAGUCCAGCAAAUGUGUCGAGUACGGAUUUUCACAUAGCGAAUAUAGCGCUCAAUGCUACAGCGCGAUAG